AGCGCUCGAGCAACCGGCCCUUUCCCUCAGGCGCCUUGAAGGGUCCUGGCAUCAGCAGCCGGGGGUCCUGCUGUGAGAAGCCGGGCGCUUUUCCAACUUUUCCUCCGCUCCCCCCCGCCCCCGGCACCUCCGCCAGGGCCAGGAGAACCUCAAGCGCUCGCCAAGCCAGUCUUCCCCGCCGCUCCGCGCGCUGAGGCGUCUCUGCCAUGCAGACGGGCAAGGGAUGGAUACUGUUUUCUCUACUUUUGUGUGGGUUGGAUUCCCCCGGAGUAGAAGCUGUCAAAAUAAGCAAGCGCCCCAUGCGCUCUCGAUCCUGUGCAGACCGACCUGAGGAGCUUUUAGAACAGCUAUAUGGAAGACUCACAGCUGGCAUGCUUAGUGCCUUCCAUCACACCCUGCAGUUGGAACCCCUGGAAAAUGACCAGAACAUCAGUUGUCCAGUGGGAGGCAGGCUAACUACUGACAAGAAAUAUCAGCUCCCCAUCUAUCUCAACAGCGUCUCCCCUUGGUCCUACAGAAUCUCCUACGAUUCUACCAGGUAUCCAAAAUACAUUCCUGAAGCCUACUGUCUGUGCAAGGGCUGUCUUACAGGUGAUUAUGGAGAAGAAAACCUCCAUUUUCGAAGUACGCUAGUAUUUAUGCCAACUGUCAUCUUGCACCGAACUACAUCCUGCACUGGUGGCCGCUACGUUUACACCGAGGAUUACGUCUCUAUUCCUGUGGGCUGCACCUGCGUACCAGAACAUGAAAAAGAAGCACAGCAAGUGAAUUCCAGCAUAGAUAAAAGAGCAGUAAAAUUGCUGGGGAAUCAGAAUAAUGACAAGCCAGCAUCCAAAUAAGGAAUGGAAAGGAGGGCAGAAACAAAGGAUGUUUUGGCUCAUGAUUUCUGUUUUAGAGAACUGUAAUCUCCACUUUCUGUAACAGAGUUCAUCUCGGUUUAUUUCACAGAACUUCGGGGUCAGUUGUAAUUAAAGUUGUACUUCCUUAGAAAAAACAGUGGGGUUUGCAAGAUGCUUUUCUCACAACUGGAGAUUUGACAGAUCUUGGGGAGUUGCAGUACUGUAAUGCUCGAGAGCACUUACGUUGAAGCAUUUUAAGAUAUUUAAAAGUGCUAGAUAGAUGUUCUAUAUUCCAGUGCUUUGCUAUCAAAUAUUCAAGAUAUGCUGAGCAGGGAUGCAGCAUUGAUUUUUGUGUAUAAUAACAUCUUGGUUCAUCUGGUUUUGGAUACAAUGGACAAACUUUUCAUUUGGAUUGUUUAUCCAUCAAAUGAAGUUUUUAUUGAAAAUUAUGCUAUUGUAUCAAUUACAUAACACACAUGACAUAUAUUAAUGCAAAUGACAAAUUCAGAGUUUACAAACAUUCAGACUUAAUGGAUGCCCCCUCCCUAUGAAAUCAAUGUUUCUUUGCACUUUCUCUACGUCCUGUAGUGAGGGCCACUGAGAAUGAAAGCAAAAACAAUGUAAGUGAAUAAUUAAAACAUUUUUUCAAAGAAUGCUGAAAAAUUAGCUGUGUAUCUGCAACUGAUUUUUUUUUUAAGUGUAAGUAGCUUUGACUUGGUAUAGACAAGAGAAUCUUAUAUUCUGGACCAAAAGAGUCGAACAAGGUAUUGUGUCAAAAGCACUAGAAUUAUAACAUUAAAACUGUUAAAAACUAUUGAAUACAUUAAGCAUGCUGAUGGUUACCAAUUUAAAUGCUUUUUAAAAAGGGAUUCAAUAAAUGUGUAGAGAAUAGAUCUGUCAGUGGCUACUGAUCUUGGCUGUUUAUUACCUCUAGCAGAAAUGUACUAAAGGGGUGGUAGGUGGGAGUUGCCAACUAUACAAACAUUUACUUAUCAAUCGAUG